GAAAGGAGAAAAAAUAAUGUGAUAUAUUUACAGAGGAAGCCGUUGGGAAGGUAUCGUUGCAGCCAUGGCCACCAACGCAGCUCUUGCUUCUACCAGAAUCCCCACCAACGCCAGGCUUCUUCCAUCCAAGGCCUCUCACUUUUUCGCUUCUCAGUGUGCCCCCAAGCGACUUGAAGUGGCUGAAUUCUCUGGCCUUAGAUCCACCUCAUGCCUCGCCUUUGCUAGCAAUGCCCCUUCCUCUUCCUUUUUUGAUGUGGUUGCUGCUCAACUUACUCCCCAGAAGGGGGAACCGUGCGAGGGAAGGGCAGAAACAGUGGCGAAAUUGAAGGUAGCAAUCAAUGGUUUUGGACGCAUUGGGAGGAACUUCCUCCGCUGCUGGCAUGGCCGGAAAGACUCGCCUCUCGAUGUCGUCGUGGUCAACGACAGCGGGGGUGUGAAGAACGCUUCGCAUUUGCUCAAGUAUGAUUCAAUGCUGGGAACGUUCAAAGCUGAUGUGAAAAUACUUAACGAUGAAACCAUCACCGUGGAUGGGAAGCCCAUCAAGGUUGUGUCCAGCAGGGAUCCUCUCAAGCUUCCUUGGGCUGAGCUUGGAAUUGACAUUGUCAUUGAGGGAACGGGUGUGUUUGUGGAUGGGCCUGGCGCUGGGAAACACAUCCAAGCGGGGGCCAAGAAAGUGAUCAUCACGGCGCCUGCUAAAGGGGCUGAUAUUCCCACGUAUGUCGUCGGGGUCAAUGAACAGGAUUACUCUCACGAUGUCGCUGACAUCAUAAGCAACGCAUCCUGCACCACAAACUGUCUUGCUCCUUUCGUGAAGGUUUUGGACGAAGAGUUCGGCAUAGUGAAGGGAACCAUGACAACGACACACUCGUACACAGGAGACCAGAGGCUAUUGGAUGCAUCCCACAGGGACUUGAGAAGAGCAAGGGCGGCAGCACUGAACAUAGUGCCGACGAGCACGGGAGCAGCGAAGGCGGUGUCGCUGGUGCUGCCAAAGCUGAAGGGGAAGCUGAACGGAAUAGCACUGAGAGUGCCGACGCCGAAUGUAUCAGUGGUGGACCUGGUCAUAAACGUAGAGAAGAAGGGCUUGUCAGCGGAAGACGUGAAUGGGGCCUUCAGGAGAGCAGCGGAGGGGCCUCUGAAAGGCAUAUUGGAGGUGUGUGAUGUACCGCUCGUGUCUGUGGACUUCCGCUGCACCGAUGUUUCUUCCACCAUUGACUCCUCCCUGACCAUGGUCAUGGGGGAUGAUAUGGUCAAGGUGGUCGCUUGGUACGACAACGAGUGGGGCUACAGCCAGAGAGUUGUGGAUUUGGCACAUCUGGUGGCAGCCAAGUGGCCAGGCGCCGCCGCCUCUGCCGCUAGUGGAGACCCCUUGGAAGAUUUCUGCAAGACAAGCCCCGCCGAUGAGGAAUGCAAGGUCUAUGAAGCUUAAAACUAUGUCAACAAUAGCUGGAUGCUGAUUAUUAGGGCAUCCGACGCUCUUUUCUUUUGCGUUCUGUUGGUUUCUACGCAUGUAUCAUGUCCGCGUACCCCCCCCCCCCACCACAAAUGCCUAUUUCUCAAGUCCAAACUACGUACACCCGCUUCUUCCUACUUCUCAGUCCGAACAAAUAUCAUAAGGAGCUUUUCAAUACGAA